GAGAGUAGACUUCUAACCAGUGUUCUUAGCUGACCAAAUAAUUCCUUCUGAUAUGUUACAGAAAGACUUGGUAAUUUUCAUUAAACAAAAACUUUAAUAAUGAAAUCAAUGUUAAUUAACAUUAAUAGUUUAAUUUUAAUGGUGCAUACAUUUCUAAAUCUUGGUAAGUCCAGUCCCAAGUUUUUUUACUUGGUUCUGAGUCAUUUUGCCUUCAAUAGUUUUAUAAGAGCAAAACUAGAGGAGGAGAAAUUACUUCCAAAAGUCUACAUAUAUUCUGGAAAUUACAAUUUAGUAAACCUAGGAAAAUCCACAAACUACUAUGUUAAUAGCUCUUUUUUUAUUUUUUAGAUUAACUCAACACUGAAAGAGAACAUUGUUUUCAUCAUGAAUGCCAAGAAAGAAAAAGACCUAAAGCCCAGUAGCCAAGAUAUUCACCUUUUUCAUGGCUUGAUGAUUUUAAGCAUGGCAAUGCUCUUUCUUCCAGUUAUUGGAACUUCUAAGCAAAAUAUUCCACGACUCAAGCUAACCUACAAAGACUUGCUCCUUUCAAAUAGCUGUGUUCCCUUUUUGGGUUCAACAGAAGGACUGGAUUUCCAAACUCUGCUCUUAGACGAGGAGAGGGGAAGGCUGCUCCUGGGAGCCAAGGACCACAUCUUCCUGCUCAGUCUGGUUGACUUAAACAAAAAUUUUAAGAAGAUUUAUUGGCCUGCUGCAAAGGAACGGGUAGAAUUGUGCAAAUUAGCUGGGAAAGAUACCACUACAGAAUGUGCAAAUUUCAUUCGAGUACUUCAACCUUAUAACAAAACUCACAUCUAUGUGUGUGGAACUGGAGCAUUUCAUCCAAUAUGUGGAUAUAUUGACCUUGGAGCCUACAAGGAGGAAGUUAUGUUCAAACUAGACACAAAUAAUUUGGAAUCUGGCAGACUGAAAUGUCCUUUUGAUCCUCAGCAGCCUUUUGCUUCAGUAAUGACAGAUGCGUACCUCUACUCUGGAACAGCUUCUGAUUUCCUUGGCAAAGAUACUGCAUUCACGCGGUCCCUGGGGCCUACUCAUGAUCACCAUUACAUCAGAACUGACAUUUCAGAGCACCACUGGCUCAAUGGAGCAAAAUUUAUUGGAACUUUCCCCAUACCAGAUACCUACAAUCCAGAUGAUGAUAAAAUAUAUUUCUUUUUCCGUGAAUCAUCUCAAGAAGGCAGUACCUCUGAUAAGACCAUCCUUUCUCGAGUUGGAAGAGUUUGUAAGAAUGAUGUAGGAGGACAACGCAGUCUGAUAAAUAAAUGGACAACUUUUCUUAAGGCCAGGUUGAUUUGCUCAAUUCCGGGAAGUGAUGGGGCAGAUACUCAUUUUGAUGAGCUUCAAGAUAUUUAUUUACUCCCCACAAGAGAUGAAAGAAAUCCUGUAGUAUAUGGAGUUUUUACUACAACCAGCUCCAUCUUCAAAGGCUCAGCUGUUUGUGUGUAUAGCAUGGCUGACAUCAGGGCUGUUUUUAAUGGCCCGUAUGCUCAUAAGGAAAGUGCAGACCAUCGUUGGGUACAAUAUGAUGGAAGAAUUCCUUAUCCUCGACCUGGUACAUGUCCAAGCAAGACUUAUGACCCACUGAUUAAAUCCACCCGGGAUUUUCCCGACGAUGUCAUCAGUUUCAUAAAGCGGCAUCCUGUGAUGUAUAAGCCUGUAUACCCAGUGGCGGGAGGACCAACAUUCAAGCGAAUCGAUGUGGACUACAGACUGACACAGAUAGUGGUGGAUCACGUCAUUGCAGAAGAUGGCCAGUAUGACGUAAUGUUUCUUGGAACAGACAUUGGAACAGUCUUGAAAGUUGUCAGCAUUUCAAAGGAGAAGUGGAAUACGGAAGAGGUUGUGCUGGAGGAGUUGCAGAUAUUCAAGCACUCAUCAAUCAUCUUGAACAUGGAAUUGUCUCUGAAGCAGCAACAAUUGUACAUUGGUUCCCGAGAUGGAUUGGUUCAGCUCUCCCUGCACAGAUGUGACACUUAUGGGAAAGCUUGUGCAGACUGCUGUCUUGCCAGAGACCCCUACUGUGCCUGGGAUGGAAAUGCAUGCUCUCGAUAUGCACCCACUUCAAAAAGGCGAGCUAGACGCCAAGAUGUGAAGUAUGGGGACCCAAUCACCCAAUGCUGGGACAUCGAAGACAGCAUUAGUCAUGAAACUGCUGAUGAAAAGGUGAUUUUUGGCAUUGAAUUUAAUUCAACCUUUCUGGAAUGUAUACCUAAAUCCCAACAAGCAUCUAUUAAGUGGUAUGUCCAGCGGUCAGGAGAUGAACAUCGAGAAGAGCUGAAACCUGAUGAAAGGAUCAUCAAAACUGAAUACGGGCUACUGAUUCGCAGUUUGCAGAAGAAAGACUCUGGGAUGUAUUACUGCAAAGCACAGGAGCACACUUUUAUCCAUACCAUAGUGAAGCUGACUCUGAAUGUCAUUGAGAACGAACAGAUGGAAAAUACCCAGAGGGCAGAGCAUGAGGAGGGGCAGGUCAAGGAUCUGUUGGCUGAGUCACGGUUGAGAUACAAAGACUACAUCCAAAUCCUUAGCAGCCCAAACUUCAGCCUCGACCAAUACUGUGAACAGAUGUGGCACAGGGAGAAGCGGAGACAGCGAAACAAGGGCGGCCCAAAGUGGAAGCACAUGCAGGAAAUGAAGAAGAAGCGAAAUAGAAGACAUCACAGGGACCUGGAUGAGCUUCCUAGAGCUAUGUCCACGUAGUUUUCUAUUUAAUUUAAAGUAUUCUUUACCCGCAAAUAUACUGUCUUCUGUUUUGUACAUCCGUUAUACUAACUCAUAAAUGCUUUCCAUGGAGUUUUGCUAAGGCACAAGAACAAUAAUCUGAAUAAGAUUAUAUAUGGUGAAUAUGGGAUAAUAAGGGCAAUAAUUCAUCUGAACCAGGUUUCCAAGAACUAAACUUGCCAUUGCAAAGUAUAAGAAUUAUAGUCAAAAUAGGGGCUUUGCGUUUGUUAAUGUUUUUAUGUUUUGAAUUUUUGAAUUUAUUAUGUCGUAAAAUAAUUGAGCUAAGCAAGCAUCAAAUUUAAUACUGUAAUAAGGUGGUUAUUUCCCUUGCAUAUCCAUUAAGCAUGGAGUUUUACCAUGCAAUUGUUCUGUGUUCUUAUGAACAGAUACGUCAUUCCAUUCUAGAACUGGCAACCUUGUGGUAAGAAUUGGAGGGAAGACACAAAUUCAGAUAGCUCAUAUUAUCAACAGAAACAUCCACAGCCGUUCACUCUUGGAGCACAGUUUAGGAAUUUGGAGAGGUGUGUUUUUUCUCUCAGGCCACAAGGGUUUACAUUUAGUGUACUGCAACAUUGAUCUACUCAAGGGCAUAAAUGCUCCUCCCAGGACCCCUUAUGACUUGUUAGAAGUAACAUAUUCACAAGGGGAAGCUGGUGCUUGAUUAUGUUUUUAGAAUAUAUGCUGAGCUCUACUAGACAUAAUGUUUAAAAAAUAUUUUAGUAAGACAUGGGAAAGUAUCUUAAUAAGAUAAGGGAACCAUCUGAUGUACAAAGCCAUUGCCAUGGAGUCGAUUCUGACUCACAGCCCCUG